UAGUUUCAAUUACAACAAAUUUUUCAAAAUUGUUUAGUACCCAUAAUAAUUUUCGAUUACAAAUAAAAUUUAUUGUUUUAAAAAUGGGUAAGUUUCAAAUGCCUACAGUACAACAAUUUUUAAAGAAAAAGACAAUUUAUGGACCUAAAAAGGACCCGGUAUGGAUUUACUUAGAACGGGAAAUGCAAGAAAAUAUUAAUAAGAAACCUUACAAUGAAAAAGUAGGUGCUUGGUUAAAAUUCUUGAAGGAUUUAAAAUAUUACCUUUACUGUGAAGCUAAAAGAAAGGAAAAGAGAUUGAAGACUGAAGUUGGACCUUCAUGGUACUGCGAGCUAUCUAGUAGCCAAAAAGAGGUACUCAGCAAUCUUAAAGCUAAUAUUCAUCAAGACUUAUUGGAGGAUUUGCCUACAAGGAUACGUAAAUGUCUGUCAAAUCUAGGAGUUACAUUAAAAAUAUCAAAGUCUGUACUAAUACAAGCAAUGAAUGAAUCUGUAGAAGAUCCUGGUAUAUUUAUAUGGAAUUUAUAUUCAGCUAUUUAUAAAAAACUGCCCAACGAGUUAAGACCAGAAUAUGAUAUGAAUGCUAUGAUUUUGAUGUCAAGCUUAGUAUUUAUUGAUUUAGAAGAGUGUAUUCAACAACUUGAAAAAUUGACACAAGUUAAAACAACCCCACCACCACUUGUUGAAAUAAAACAAAAGAAAUAUAGUCAACCAAAUGUUCGCUAUGGAGAAUACUUACAACAUAUUUAUGUACCAUUAUACUGCAAGCAUCCUUCAGGGGAGAAAAUGAAACGCAAGUCAUUGCCUCUUAGUUAUAAAUUUAGACUCAGAAGCGAAGCGAGUUACGAGAAAUUAUGCAGAGAUCGAACUUUCUUAGAAAAGCGCAAAGAAAGAAACAAGAAAGAAAAGCAAGCUGAAAGAGUUUGUAAUUAUAAGUUUUGGGAACCACCCAGUACGCUGCGCAAUACAGAUCCCAAAAUGGCUGCUUACGUGAAUAAAUUAAGAAUGCUCAAAAAGAAAGCGAAAUCUAAAUACAAAUCACCCUAUGAGAAUGCACAGUAUCAAGUAGGAGGUGUUGUUUUUACCGGCGGAAUACCACAAUAUCUUAUAUCUAACGUUGCGUUACUGCCUACUGGCUAUAUACCUAUCAAUAAUGGUACUGUACGUAUAGGCGGAGAAUACAUCACAAUUCUACAUGGAUUUUGGAAAUUUCCGAAGGAAGUAAAAGAAAAGUGUGAUGAAACUUGUAAUUGUUUAACGAAAUGGGAAGACAUUGUAAUGGAAUAUUUAAAAGUGUCCAAAUGUAGAUGCGGUCACUUGUACGACCUUUACAAUGAAGGGAAAGCCAAAGAAAAAUAUUUUCACUCCUCUACAAGACACGGCCGUUUUUGGAUAGAUAAUGCUAAAGUUUAUCAAAUGGAUCCAUUGGACGAAUUUAUAAAAGACACUGUCAAGGAAGCACUCAUGUCCGUCGAUCCUACGCCUGAAUCUUCCACCCCAACAAUAUCGGCUACUGGGCUCAAAGAGAAAGAUCUUUUAGCGGCACUUCUAGCCGAUUUAUCAAAUACUCCUCUGCUAAUACCUCAUCUACCACAAGCUAAUCUUUUAAACAACCUUCAAGAAUGGGUAAGAAAACGAGUAAAAGGCAAAAUAAGCCCAAAGGAACAUAAACGGUUAAUUCUACAAUCACAACGUCGCUGGCUAGAUCUGAAACAUAUGGAUUUUAGAGCUCGCGCAUAUAGGAUUCCAUUUACACUAAAACAACUAGAACAUAUGAAUUGGUCACAUCGACAAUUAGUACAAACUCUGUUCGAUAUAUUAUUGAAUAAUUUUAUAACAAGAAAUAGAAUUAAACAAGUUGAGCAAACUCGCUUGUGGUGGUCUACAACUAAAUAUGACGCAUACCCGAGUAAACCUUUUCUGGAUAUAUAUUUUACAUACAUGUCUGGAAGAAUGAAAGACACUUUCCUGAUUAAUCCUCAUAGCUCUGAACUUACACCAAAGCACGGUGCUAAAACCUGCUCUCUGCAUUAAAUAAGAUUUGGCGUGACAACUGCACAAUGUGCGCAAUGCUUGAUCUAAUUAAGGCAACACGAUUUGAUAAGUCCAAAUUGCAGACAAGAGUGGCAUUGCAUGAAAAAAGAAAAAUAGCGUCUAGUCUGGUUUCCGCCUGAACCUUGGGUGUAAA